CAUGACCAUAUCCAUCGAUUUAGUGCCAACAUCUCGUUCACCCCGUGUCCGAGAGAACGUGGUCACGCCGCUAGCUCGUCGCGACAUCGGCAGCAUCUACUUUGACUCCUCCACGAACCAGUAGACAAGCGCUCCGGCAUGCCUUGGCGUGCUUGAGUUGGAAUCGCUCGUCACGACAUGUGCAUCCGGCACGAAAUCGCGUGCCCGUUCAACAAUUGCUGUCACGUUGGCGGGUGUGCAUCGGUCUUGCCAAGUCCACACCGCCGCGUGUGUUUGCAUGAUGCACGUCGUCCACUCGACGACCGUACCGUCGGCACAUGUCUCGCUCAACCCUCCGACGACGGCCGCCUGACGAUGCUGGCUCGUGUGCCACACUCGUUCCCUGGUGCGACCACGAAAAACGUCGCGGUCGGCAUUCCCGUGGGCAUUGCAUCCGUCAAACCCGAGCAAGUCGGCAAGUCGAGCUGGUUUUCCGUGGACCCAAGUCACAGUUCCCAACGGCACGUUGGCAUGGACAUCGACGCAGGACGCCACGGGGAUGCUCGCCGACCCACCCCCAAAUUCACUGUCCUCUACUUGUGAGGCCACAAUUGCGACCAACGCGUACCACACGUUCGUGAUGUCGAGCCGUCGACAAUGUUGAAAAGAGUACGAACAAUACGGCCGUGGCCAACGACGACUGGUCAUGCUGGUCGCUUGAACUUGUUGCCACAGGGAAUGGCUCUCGCCACCUGUCAAGGUCCAGAGGCGGCUCCUCAUGAAAUCAUGCGGACCAAAGGAAUUGAUACGCCCUUCUGACAUGCCCACCAUUCUACAUGGGCACCGCAUGAUGACCAACCAACGCCACGUGGGACUACAACGUCCACGAAAGUGUUGUCCGUGUUUGGGACCAUGCAGUCCUUGCUAUUGCAAACGACAUCCACAGCAUGUGUGGUUCCGUCUAGACUCGGCGACACAGCAACGUCGCCGCGCCUGGAACAGAUGAAUUCCUGGACCACAGCUCACGUCGUCGACUUCCCAAGUCGAUGCAACCAGCGAGCAAAGCGUCACGAUGGCCGACCGAGUUGCCUGGCGCCGUGAUCCCUCGCCAUUGUCGAGAAAACACAUCGCUGACCGGUGUCCGUGCCCUUGGCCCUGUUUUGGCUCUCCACACCCACCGCACAACGUCGCACCGAUCCCGGCAAGCGAACAGUGCGAGAUGUGAUCGAGUCAUCACUGCUGUCGCGGUGAACGUGUACUUAUGUUGCAAACGAACGACGGUCGUGGCCAAGACCAUGCAGCAUCGCCGUCGAUGCAUGGAGGCGGCAGCGAAGCCAAGGUUGCGCCGUGUGUUGGCACAUCGUCGUCCUGCAGCGCCAGCGCGUGGAUGUGAUGCUGAAUUGACUUGUACAUGAUGGUGCUCGCUAGUUCAUGGCACUUGGCACCUGAUGGCACCAUAUUCAGGGCAUGGGAAAGGUUUGAAGCUUUGGGGGUGUACUCAGAACGAGCACACCGCCUCGCUGUGCCUUGGGACGUGUCCUGGCAAGUCAUUGGCGCCUCGAACCCCUCGUCUGAUUCAUGCGUCUGUGGUGUGGUGUGCCGGCAACGUCGACGUCCACCUCUCGCCCGAGCGACAGACGGGACCAGUCGCCAUGGUCCGAAUUAUGUUGGUCAUCACUUGUGUAUAUCCGACCACCCCGACACAAUGCACUUGUUCACAGCAAUGGCCGCUCUCGUCGCGAUGGCGACGUCGACGUCGGCGCACUUUUCGAUUUUGCCCCCCGUCGCCGCGCCCAAUGCCAACACUGUCGCGGUGUUUCGCGUGGGGCACUCGUUCCCGGGGGCCGUGACGACGAACAUUAGCAUUGACAUUCCCAUCGGCCUUGCGUCGGUGAAGCCGCAACAGGUUGCGGGUUGGAAAGUCGCGCUCGACACCAAGAAAAUCAACGGCACGGACGCGAUCUCGCGGGUCACGUGGUACGAUGGCUCGUUGCCGGACGAAUUGUUUCAGGAUUUUGGCCUUCAGCUCAAGGUCGGUGACCUCGCUCCCAACACGACGCUGUACUUCCCCGUCACCCAAGAAACCACUCCCAAUGGCACGCUCGCGUGGACGUCGGUGCCGGAUGCAAGCGGCAAGUUGGCGGAUCCCGCGCACCCAGCCCCCAAGUUGACGAUUCUCCCAGCAACUUCUACACCCAGCUCGAGCAUGGCGAUGAAAAACAGCUCGGGGUCCACCCCCGCUGCAGCCAAGACGAGCACCGCCUCGUCGGCGAUGGGUGCAGGCGCUGUCAUGAUCCUGUCCGCUCUGUCCGUUUGCAUGUAGAGGGCCGUGGUAGUUGGUGUAUGAAUCGACCGUCGUCGUUUGUAGUGUUCGAUCGGCCACUCGUUGUUUGUGAUGCAUUUUGCCCACCGAGUUGCCUGUCCUGGGCAAGUCGUGUGGAUCGCAACUUCUUGAACAUCGACACGGUGUCGUGGGACAGGGGUGCUCAGCAAAGUCCAUCCGAGCACAACGGUCGCAUUGUCACGAGCUCGGUGCCAUGUCCACGGCGCA